AAGAGUUUAGUGUGUUUUGGUACAAGCCUGAACCUCUCAUCCCACACUAAAUCCAGCCUCUUUUGUCCCUUCCCCCAUCUCUACUUUCAGAGGGGAGGCACCAGCCUGCUAAAGAAGGGAUUGUUUUAGGAAUCAGUCAUCCAAAAAGAAAAAAGAAAAAUCAAAUCCUGCGCAUAGCAAUUCCCUUAACUGAACAUGCUCACUGGUUUACUGGAGUAAUGUUCUGUGCUUAAAUCAUAUAAAAACAACUCAGCACAGAACUAUAAAUAUUAUUUGCAAAACUCAAGGAAUUUGUUUUGCAACUUUUCCAGCAGUUUUAACUUCUGCUCUGCCUGGUGCGCUUGUCCUGGGACCUGAACGGAGACGGCAGUGGAUGGGGCCCUGCCUGUGAUAUUUCUCCAGGAUCGCAGCACUGGAAGUCACAAUGAUACUCAGAAGUACAGCGCUCACCGCUUCAGUCUACAGCAUUAUUACUGCCGUCUGCUGCAUCGCACAGUCCAUCCCAACACCCCGCUUCCUGGUCCAGCCCGUUUCGACGUUCCAGAAAUACGGAGGGUCCGUGACUCUAAGUUGUGCAGUAGAGCCCGCUAGCGCAGUCAUUUCUUGGCGGCUCAAUGGAGUAGAGCUCGGAGAAGAGGGGGAGGUUCCUGGAGUCCUGGCAUCUGGGGGAUCCCUAGUCAUCACCAAUCUGAACAAUGAUACAGUAGGGCGGUAUCAGUGCGUUGCUCGGACAGCGGUGGGAUCGAUAGUGAGUGUUCCAGCCAUCGUUACUCUGGCCAAUCUUCAGGAUUUUAAGUUUGAUACGCAGCAUGUGAUUGAAGUGGAUGAAGGAAACACGGCAGUGAUCGCCUGCAAUUUGCCAGAAAGCCACCCUAAAGCCCAGGUCCGCUACAGCGUGAAACAGGAAUGGCUUGAAACCUCCAGAGAUAAUUACCUGAUCAUGCCCUCGGGUAACCUUCAGAUAGUGAAUGCCACUCAAGAGGAUGAAGGGACAUAUAAAUGUGCAGCGUAUAACCCUGUUACCCAGGAAGUAAAGACCUCGGUUUCCAGUGACAGACUACGCGUUCGACGCUCUACCGCAGAGGCUGCCCGCAUUAUAUACCCUCCCACAGCGCAGACCAUCAUUGUGACCAAGGGCCAGAGUCUCAUCCUUGAGUGUGUUGCCAGCGGCAUGCCGCCUCCAAAAAUCACUUGGGCCAAAGAUGGAGCAGACAUUGUUGGCCAUAACAAAACUCGCUUCUUGCUCAGCAAUCUCCUUAUAGAUGCCACAAAUGAAGAGGAUUCUGGGACUUAUACCUGCAAUGCCAGCAAUGGGAUUGGAGAAGGGGACUCUGCAUUUAUCUACUAUAACGUCCAGGUGUUUGAGCCACCAGAGGUCAGUAUGGAGCUGUCCCAGCAGUUUUUGUCAUGGGGUCUGAGUGCUCGGUUCACGUGUGAGGUGAAGGGUAACCCCCAGCCCUCUGUGGUGUGGCUAAGGAAUGCGGUGCCCGUACUGUCAGGGGUGAGACACAGGCUUUCCAGAAAGGUGCUGAAGGUUUCUAAUGUUGGGCCUGAGGAUGACGGUGUGUACCAGUGCAUGGCCGAGAAUGAAGUGGGGAGCGCACAGGCCAUGGCUCUUCUGAUAACUACUAGACAAGGUACGUUCCUAAGUCCAGCACAGGAUUUUCAUACUCAGCCCCCCACAGACAUUCUCAUGGCUGCUGAUAAAGCUCUGCUGCUAAAAGCCCAGUUUAAGCCGAAGCCCCCUACGCCAGGACUGCCGGCCCAGUGCCCCCCGGACAAGGGAAACAUCCAACCUCCCGAGGCUCCUAUCAUACUGAGCUUCCCACGCACCUCCAAGACUGAUUACUACGAGCUAAUGUGGAAGCCCAGGCACAACGGAAAGGUGCCGCUCCUGUAUUACACCGUGAAACACCGCAAGCAAGUAGCAAAUGUGUCAGAUGAGUGGACAGUUUCACGCGUCCCGGGAUCACAGCAUCGUCUGACCCUGACAAAACUGGACCCAGGGAGCUUAUAUGAGGUGGAGAUGGCAGGUUACAACUGCGCUGGUGAAGGACAAACCGCCAUGGUGACAUUUAGGACCGGGCGCCGUCCUAAGCCAGACAUCAUAGCCAGCAAAGAACUGCAAAUUCAGAAGGAUGAUCCCGGCACUAGCACUCAAAGCAGCAACCUGUCUGACAACAAUCGCCUUUCGCCCCCAGAAGCUCCUGAUCGGCCGACCAUCUCGGUGGCCUCUGAGACGUCUGUGUACGUGACUUGGAUCCCGAGAGGUAACGGUGGCUUCCCGAUCCAGUCCUUCCGCGUGGAGUACAAGAAACUGAAGCAGCCAGGAGACUGGGUCCUGGCCAGUAGAGACAUUCCACCCUCCCGUCUCUCUGUGGAAAUAACUGACCUUGAGAAAGGCACCUCCUACAGAUUCCGAGUACGAGCAUUGAAUAUUCUGGGGGAGAGUCAGCCCAGUGCAGCUUCCAAACCAUACGUUGUAUCUGGCUACAGUAACCGUGUGUACGAGAGGCCGGUCACUGGACCUUAUAUCACUUUCACUGAGGCUGUUAAUGAGACUACAAUAAUGCUUAAAUGGAUGUACACUCCUGACAGCAACAACAACACUCCCAUCCAUGGCUUCUACAUCUACUAUCGGCCCACGGACAGCGACAAUGACAGCGACUACAAGAAGGAUGUGGUGGAAGGCGAUCGUUACUGGCACUCGAUCAGUCACCUGCAGCCAGAGACCUCGUAUGACAUUAAAAUGCAAUGCUUCAAUGAGGGAGGGGAGAGCGAGUUUAGCAACGUGAUGAUCUGCGAGACUAAAGCUCGGAAAUCUUCUUCACCUUUUGGUCGUCCACCUUUGUCUAUGGUACCUUCUCCUCAGGCCCCUCCCAGCAGUGGAGCUCUGGGUACUGGCGCCACAUUAGCUCGCUCCAGUGAUCUGCCAUACCUGAUCGUAGGAUUGGUGCUGGGAUCUAUUGUGCUUAUAAUCGUAGCGUUCAUUCCGGUCUGCCUCUGGCGAGCUCGUGCUAAGCAGAAACAAGCCACAGAUAUCACCUUCCCUGGUGCAAGGAUUCUCACGUCCUCUUGCCAGUACACAAUGGUGCCUCUGCGAGGUGCGUCUGCCAUCAGUGCCCUCCAAUACUCAAAUGGUUCCGUGCUUAAUGGUUCCUGCACAAAACAGAAUUAUCAAGUAGAAAAACAGCAGGAUUACUACUCAGAGAAUGUGCAUCAGGAUGAAGCUAAUACUUUAUUGGAGAACAGUGUAAAUGGCCAGAAGGAGAUUACAGAAUAUCAAAACGCUGCCAGGCUGUGCCCAACACAGGAUGAUGAUGUCAGUUUAUUAAACAAGCUUUGCAAAGACGAUGAGCAUGAUAUGACUCUGCCGCAUCAGGUCCAGGACCAGCCUUGCAUGACAGAAGAAAGCCAAGCAUGCGUCGUUCAUGCGCCCAAGGAAGAGAGCACAUGUCAAGGUUGUAUAGAAUUUUUGCCUCCCAUGGAGGAUAUAGACAACCCGGUCUGCAGACGGUCCAGCGAUGGUUCCCUUCAUGCUACAAUACAGAUAAACGACAUACAAGAGAAUGCAGACACUCGGCAGUGUCCACAGAACAGUCUCGACAAUCGGACCACGUAGUGCCUUAUAAACAAACUAAAGGACUCUGCAGGGGAUGGAAAUGCUGAGCAGCACAGUGGUAUGGAGUAUCUCCAAACCAUUUCAGAAAUAUUAUUGGAGUCAUAAAAACUAGUAUCAAACUGUAAAGAUAUCUUUAAUUUAUGAUUGGGCCAUUGAAGUCAGUUUUAGAGCUUGGGUAUUGUUCCAAACUGAAACAAAUAGAUAACAGUAGUCAGAUGGCUUAACAUCUAUUUACAUAAAGGUCAUCCCAAAUAUUAUUAGUAGAAUUGGAAAAGUAGAUAAAAGCAACAACUUCCAAUGUCUUCUGUUUGUGGUCUGUUAAUGAACCAAUCAGACAUUGCAGUGGAUAAUGAACUCAUCAUGAACCAGGCAUGAUGGGAAGUCAUCACCUGUUGGUAAAGUGUUGUUUGAAGUUUGUGAUCCUAAUUUAUGACUUUACACAAAGGCUCAUCACGUAUAGAAAUGCGACAUCGUAAUAUCAGUUCCUCCAUGGACUUUCACGUCAAAUGGAAUAGAAGGAAACAAAUCUAGUGAACAUUUAGGUUUUCUGAAAAUGUUGAUGGUGCUACUCGAUACUGUUUUGUGCUGCAGUCUUAUGGGACCCUAACCACCCAGCUAAAAGAAGGGAACUUAGAAAGAGAUGUAUUUUUUUAUUAUAGCUAUAUUUAUAUAUUUAUGCACUUGUACAUAGUUUAUUUUUUUAAAUGAGACAUUUAUAAUACACAUGGUCAAGUAAAGAGACCAAUGUAUUCCACAGAAAAAUUAGAGACUUAACAAAGGACUUGGAGGCUCUAUGUGUAAAAGAGAAAUACUAUAGGAGCUCACAGCUCCAUGUCUGCCAUUACUUCAUUAUGUACAGUACAGCUUCGAUAGCAACUUAUACUACCCAGCAUACCACAGCGCUAGCUUGAGAAGCAGCUCUUGCAAGCUUUAAGUGAUGCCAGUCUGAAAUGGGAUGAUAUUUCAUGGCCAGAAUUUACUGCAGGAUGUGAUGUCACAGAAUGAUCAUCUGAACCACAGCUGAAGCAGGAUGUGAUGUCACAGAAUGAUCAUCUGAACCACAGCUGAAGCAGGAUGUGAUGUCACAGAAUGAUGAUCUGAACCACUGCUGAAGCAGGAUGUGAUGUCACAGAAUGAUCAUCUGAACCACUGCUGAAGAGGGGACUUCUUUUUAAAUGUAACACUUAUCAAGACAUGCACAUUUAGCUGAAAACUAAAAUGUACAUAAGCAUUAUGUAUUCACCUUAACGCAAUAUGAAAUGUGGCUGCAUUAUGUGUUUGUAUAAAAAACAAAGUGUAAUAUUUUUUAAAUAAAUACUUAGUGAUUCAUGUUA